AUGUCCACCAAAUUGUUCCUCUACUUCUUACUUCUCUCAGUGUUUCGUUCAUGUUCUCAAACAGUCGCUUCUGAGUAUGAUGAUUACGACGACGUUACUGUGAAUCAAAUGUUGGCCCCCAAAACUCAUGAGACAGACGCAACGCAAAUACUAAACAACUUACUCAAGGAGUAUGACAAAAAACUUCGCCCAGAUAUUGGAGUUAAACCGACAGUCAUUGAUGUUGAUAUCUUCGUAAAUAGCAUUGGACCUGUGUCAUCAAUAAAUAUGGAGUACCAGAUUGACAUCAUUUUUGCCCAGACAUGGACAGAUAGCCGACUGCGAUAUAACAGCACAAUGAAAAUAUUGACUUUGAACAGUAAUAUGGUUGGACUAAUUUGGCUGCCAGACACAAUAUUCAGAAACUCCAAGAAUGCAGACUCACAUUGGAUUACUACACCCAAUCAGCUACUUAGAAUAUGGAAUGAUGGAAAAAUACUUUACACGCUAAGAUUGACCAUAAAUGCAGAGUGCCAGCUUCAACUUCAUAACUUUCCUAUGGAUGAGCACUCCUGCCCCCUCGUUUUCUCCAGCUAUGGAUACCCACGAGAUGAAAUGAUUUACAAGUGGAGAAAGAACUCUGUGGAAGCUGCUGAUCAGAAGUUAUGGAGACUUUAUCAGUUUGACUUUAUGGGCUUGAGGAACACCACAGACAUAAUUAAGACAACAGCAGGUGACUAUGUGGUGAUGACUGUAUAUUUUGACCUAAGCAGACGAAUGGGAUACUUCACAAUUCAGACCUAUAUCCCCUGCAUACUAACUGUCGUUCUGUCUUGGGUCUCCUUUUGGAUAAAAAAAGAUGCAACUCCAGCCAGAACAGCACUAGGAAUAACAACAGUAUUAACCAUGACAACGCUCAGCACAGUGGCAAGGACAUCGCUACCCAGAGUGUCUUAUGUCACAGCAAUGGACCUUUUCGUCACCGUGUGUUUCCUGUUUGUUUUUGCGGCUCUCAUGGAGUAUGCCACACUCAAUUAUUACUCCUACAGUGCUCGCAGAUCAACCUGCAACAAGACAAAAAGAUCGAACUACUCCGUGUUGGAUGUAGGGCCUCCUCCCACAGUCAUUACCCUCAACAACUCCAUGUACUGGCAGGAGUUUGAUGAUGCCUGCGUAUAUGAGUGCCUGGAUGGAAAAGACUGCCAGAGUUUCUUCUGCUGCUAUGAAGAGUGCAAAGAUGGAUCGUGGCGAAAGGGCCGUGCACAUAUAGACAUUUUGGAACUAGAUGCAUACUCUCGUGUCUUCUUUCCCACCUCGUUCCUCUUGUUCAACAUCGUCUACUGGGUAGGCUACUUGUAUCUUUAGCAUUCCCAACACACACCUUA